UUGGAAGUGGAUGUUUUUCUGCUGAAAAGCCUGGCUUGAAUUUAGCCACUGUUGUUGCUGAAACUUUAGGACUUGGCAUUCUCGAGGACAAUGAGUCCCAGAGUGUUCUAAACCACUUUGUCAAAGAUGCAGCACAGGUAUCUCAUGAUAAGCAAGAUGGUGACUCCAGAAGACAUCAAGCUACUGAAUCAGUGCAGCUCAAGCAAAAAGAUUCUGGAUUUACAUGUGGAUCUCCAAACAUCACACAAAAUAGACACUGGCUAUCACAACAAAGAACCUCUCCGGUGUUUGGAGGCCCUGUCAGUGCUUUUAGAAGUCCAGCCAAUUUGGAUGAAAACAGAUCCCCUUCUGUAUUUGGGCAUCUGCAAAUCGCUCCCAUCAUGAGUCAGAUCAGGUUCCAGACUGAGGACAUUGCUCACAUUUCUUCCUGUAAAACUGGAGUAGCCAAUAACCAGUCUACACUUAAUGAAGAAAAACCAAGAAAGAACAGAAACGAACUUAGUCACUUUGUUAACAUCAAAGAAACAGUAUCAAACCCAGCUCAUGAGCUUGUAGAGAGCAGUGAGGGGUGUCUAUCUUCAAAGCAAACUGGGAACUGCUGGGGGGAAAGGAAGAAAAGUGAAGCAGACCGUGCCUCUCAUAGAAACGCCAAACUUUUGCUUAAUAAGGAAGGUAAUCCAUCAGAUAAGCCACUGGACUUGUCAGACAGACUAGUCGCCGGUCGUUCACAGGAGAGGAGAGAAGGAAAGGGAGCUGUUAAAGAUAGUUUAAAGCAGUCCACACUGUUAGACAUGCUAAAAGCAUCAGGAAAGGCCUCCACUCCGCCUUUGCAAGAUGGGAACUUAAAGAAAAAUGCUGAUCUGCCUAGUUUCCAAGUACCGGCAACCCCUCCUAAGAGCAAAGAGGAUAUGGGGCAGCUCAUUGGCAAUAUUGGGACACCAGGCGUCCAGGAGCCAAUCAGAAAGAAGAGCAGAGCAUCGACCUCUGAACCUACUUCUGUGCUUCAGCCUAACCUUUGUGUUCUUGCAAAGAGGAGUCCCUCACCGAAAGAAGAUGGUACAAAUUCCAGCACAAAUGAUAUGACAUGGAGCCUGGAUCCAGGGGCAGAUCUUUCCCAAUAUCAAAUGGAUGUUGCUGUAAUCGAUCUGAAGAGUGGGACACCCUCAAAGCCUGAUGGAGAAACUAUAGACAUGGACUGCACAUUUGUGAGCAACAGCAUGCUGUUAAAAGGAAGGAAACAACAAAAGGAAGAAAACAUAAUUAUUGAGGUAGGGCAGAAAGCAAACGACAGCUUAGUGGAAAUCUUUGACCGAACAGCCUGUAGAGAAUAUGAGUCCUGUCCACGAGAUGGCAGCGAACAGUCUGAUCAGGAGGCUUGCUCUUUAGAUGAAGAAACAGAGGCAGACGGAUCUAUGAAUAGGUAUGAAGAAAAAACAGAUGAAACAAAACGUUUUGUGGAACCGUAUUUAAAAAAAGAUGAAAGAAAGAACACCGCCUUAAACUUUCCACACAUAAAAGUGGUGCGUAACAAAGAAGAGAGAAGGAAAAUGCAUGGGCACACAUGUAAGGAGUGUGAAAUUUAUUAUGCAGAUCUCCCUGCAGAACAGCGACAGAAGGAACUCUCUGUCUGCUCAAGGCACAGAUUCAGAUACAUUCCCCCCAGCACGCCUGAAAACUUCUGGGAAGUUGGAUUUCCUUCCACACAGACAUGUGCGGACAGAGGAUAUAUAAAAGAAGAGAUGACACCAGCCCAGCGUACAAGACGACGGCGACCAUAUAAUGCAAUAUUUUCUCCAAAAGGCAAAGAGCAGAAAACUUAAGAGCUUGCUUGAAUGAUUGAACAAGGGAACUUGCACUUAAAAAUAUUCAUUGAUUUCUGUCAGAUUAAGAUAAUAAAACUUUGUCAAAGUAAGACACCUUUAUAAAGAAGUCAUGGGGCAUCCCAAUGUAUUAAUAGAAAAUGCAGAAACGAAGAUACAACUAAUGCUUAGGCACAUGUCCUGGAGCUUUUGCCUUAUCCAAUAACAAAAAAGGCUGACUAUGACAGCAUGUUUUGCAUUGGUUCCUUGUUCCUAGAACAGUAAAUAUGCUGAGUAUGAAAGAGCAAACUAAUCAAAAGGUGAUCUGAUCAUCAAGAACUAUUCUCCUGCCUCCAGUGAUAACUGUUUGGAGAACAUACAAAUGUUACAGUGAAACCAAAACAAACUCCCGACUUGUCUUUAUGCAAAAGGGGCCACUUGAAUUUUACAGUUUUGCUCCUUCCUUCUAAGGUUAAUCUAGUAGUUUAGUUCUGGUUUGGAGAAGCACGUGUUCAGGCUUUUAAUCCCAUCCUGACUGCCAAAAAAGGGACUCAGUAACGCUAAGAUUUUAAAUGAAAACCCCCCAAAAAAAAGUUAUGAAAGUUUUUGUUGUUGUUGUUUUUAAUUUAAUGGUUAGUCUGCAAAACCAAUGUGAUAUAUUGUAGCAUCUUAAAUGGGUUUGGAGGGCUUUAAAACUGUAUUUCCUAUUUGUGUUUUACAGUUUACAGAUAUCUAAUUUUUUCAGAUAUAAAGCUUGAACUCAACAGUAAAAUCUUCUGUAAUACAAAAAGAAAAUAUUUUUUGGCAUUAACAUUUCAGCAAAAUAUUAUCUUCAGUGGCUACACAAACUAUAUCAUUACACAUUAUCACAAAUACUGGUACUUGUUUUCCAAACAAGACAAUGAAAACACCUUCCAAAGAAAUCCACAACUUUGAUUCCCUCGUAAAUGAAGGAAUUGUGAAGAAUUCAGGAUUAGAGUGAAUGGUGUUUUUCAAUUGUUAUUAGUGUUAGUAUUAUUGUUAUUCAAACACUAUUUGCAAACAUGACAAACCGAUAAGUAAAAUGUAAUUUGACUCUUUACAAAUGUUCAGAUAUUAAGAUCCUGUAAUCUU